UCGAAAUACUACUCAACUAGGAAUUAGAUUCUUUACAAUGCCUGGAAUUUAGUCCAUUAGCCAUAGAUAACCUCUGCAUGCAAAUGAGUUUGGUUAUGAGGAUAAGAGUCUGAGAAAGAUAGCAUUGGUGUUUCCAAAGGCAUUGUCGAUUUGGUUCUGUUCUUUCAGUUUUCUGAACUUUCUUUGCUUGGCAUUGUGGUCUGGUGCAGAUUUUGAUGUAUGAUAGGUUGCUUUUGAACUUGGCAUCAAGGUUCACAGCAGAGAAAAUGGUGGAAGGUGGUGUCAAAAAAGCAGACAAGACAGAGUUCACUGAGUGCUGGAGGACAACAUGGAAGACCCCUUACAUUAUGAGGCUUGCGCUGUCAGCUGGGAUUGGAGGCCUCCUGUUUGGUUAUGACACAGGAGUGAUUUCUGGUGCCUUGCUCUAUAUCCGCGAGGACUUCCAACAAGUUGACAGGAAAACAUGGUUACAGGAAACCAUUGUGAGUAUGGCAGUAGCAGGUGCCAUUGCUGGUGCUGCGUUUGGAGGAUGGGUAAACGACAGGUUUGGCAGGAAAAAAUCAAUUUUGGGUGCUGAUGUGCUAUUUGCUGUGGGUGCCAUAAUUAUGGCUGUAGCUCAAGCUCCCUGGAUAAUUAUUCUUGGAAGGUUUUUCGUUGGGUUAGGAGUUGGCAUGGCUUCAAUGACUGCUCCUCUUUAUAUUUCAGAAGCUUCCCCUGCUCGAAUUCGAGGUGCACUAGUUAGCACAAAUGGUUUGCUAAUUACAGGAGGGCAGUUUCUGUCUUACCUUAUCAAUCUGGCCUUCACUAAGACUAGUUGGACUUGGCGUUGGAUGCUUGGAAUCGCCGCUGUUCCAGCCUUGGUUCAAUUCAUCUUGAUGCUAUCCCUUCCUGAGUCUCCUAGAUGGCUUUACAGACAGGACAAGGUAGAAGAAGCCAGGUCCAUCCUAGAGAGAAUAUUUCCUGCUAAUGAAGUUGAUGAUGAGAUGAAUGCCUUGAAGCUCUCUGUUGAAGCAGAACAAGCUGAUGAGCAUGCCAUUGGGGAUGGUCUGAUACAAAAGGUGAAGGGUGCUUUGAGCAAUGUUGUAGUCCGAAGGGGACUCUAUGCUGGUAUCACUGUUCAGGUGGCUCAGCAGUUCUCAGGCAUCAAUACCGUGAUGUAUUACAGCCCAACAAUAGUUCAGUUUGCUGGAUUUGCUUCAAAAAAGACAGCACUGGCGCUUUCUCUGAUUACUUCUGGUCUUAAUGCUGUUGGCUCUAUCGUCAGUAUGACUUUUGUUGACAGAUAUGGGAGGAGGAGGUUGAUGCUUAUUUCUAUGGCUGCAAUCAUCCUUUGCCUUGUGACGUUAUCGUUUGUGUUCCUUGAAGCUGCCAACCAUGCUCCCAAAAUCAACCAGUUAGACACCAACUUUCCUACCAAUGCUACAUGUCCUAGUUAUUUGUCAGCUCCUAAACCCUCAUCAUGGAACUGCAUGUAUUGCUUGAAAGCUGGUUGUGGCUUCUGCGCUAAUGGGGCAAAUGAGUACUCUCCUGGAACAUGCCUGGAAUUCAGCACAGACCUAAGGGAUUCAUGCCGCGGACAACAUCGUACUUGGUUCAAGGAUGGUUGCCCAAGCAAAUUUGGAUUCCUGGCAGUCGUUCUUCUAGGACUUUACAUCAUUUCCUACUCACCUGGAAUGGGAACUGUCCCAUGGAUUGUCAACUCUGAGAUUUACCCACUGAGGUAUAGAGGCAUUGGUGGAGGGCUGGCUGCUGUUUCUAACUGGAUCUCCAAUCUCAUUGUUAGUGAGACAUUCUUAUCCCUGACGAAAGCUCUUGGUUCCGCUGGCACCUUUGGCCUGUUUGCCGGAAUUUGUUUCAUUACAUUGAUUUUCAUCUACUGCUUAGUACCUGAGACCAAAGGGCUGCAAAUCGAGGAGGUUGAGCAGAUGUUAAAGACUGGUUACAAGCCGAAACUAUUAAGGGGCAAGUCAAAGGGUGACAUCCAGUCUGCCUAAGCUCGUGUUUAGUUGGCAAGAACAUAUACUUUGUUUUACAUACCUAAUAUGACAAUUUUGUGAUUGUAUAAUCAUAAAGAAAUAUGGUUUUUUUUGUAAAAUUAUAUAAAUUUAAGCGAUGUGAUUAAGAGACUGUUUAA